AUGCCCAGAACUCCGCCCAUUGAAAAGCAGCAACAGCUGCUCACCCAGCUUGCAGCGGUGCGACAGCAGAUCCGGGAGGACAAGGAGCGCGUGGAGCGGGACAGGAUGGAGCGGGAGAAGGCAGAGCAGGAGCGGCAGGCAAGGGAGGAGGGCGUAUGGAGUCCCCCUGGAGUUCCCCGGAGUUCCCCGAAGGCCGGUCCCAGCAAGCGCCACCACAACGACAAUGACACCAACGACAACAAUAACAACAAGAUCGUCAACAUCAUGCCCAAGAGGAAACGGGCUCGGACGGAGACGGUGUGGGCUCCGGCCAAAAAAACCUACGCCGAGUGCAAGGAGAAGAGAAUCACCUGCCUCUUCUCCGUGGGCUGUUCACGCACCCGGACCUGCCAGGCUUGCACGAGGUCCAAGACCAAGUGCACCAGAGGCCAGCGGGUAGACAAGACCCCUGCUGUCGCCAUCUCGGAUGACGAGGCCCUGGUGACCCCGGUCGGCCGGUCCACCCCCAGCAAGAAGGUGGCCCCGGCGGAGAAGAUGGGGCCCGUGCCCGGGUCCUUAUCCAAGGCCUGGGGGAAGGAGCGGGAGACGAUGGCGGAGCGGGAGGAGAGGCUGGAGGCGGAGUGGAGGAAGGAGGAGUUCAAGCGGAAGGAGAAGGAGAUCGACAUGGCCACGACCUCCAUAGAGGCCGAUCUCCCCUUUAGCCGGCGUGCGUGGAGGGAGAUCAUUGUCCUCAAGACCCUCCACUAUGCCAUGUCAGAGAUCUGGCAGUUGCGGGAGGAGUUGGAGGAGCUCUGGCGUGAGAUGCGCCUAACCCACAGCGCGAUCUCUGACCUGGCCCAGAGCAAGGAGGGGGUCUACCAGGAGUACUUCGGCAGAAUCACUGAUCUCCUGGAGGGUGAGCCCUCAGACGAUAAGGGCCACUUGGAGUCGGACCCGGACUGGGCAGAGAUGGAGGAGUUCGGCGUGGCAGAGCUGGAUUGGGAGCUGGGGUCGGAGGCAGAGCAGGGCCGGAAGCAGGAAGCAGAGAAGGGGCCGGAGCAGGCGCAGGAGUAG